CACGUGACGUAGACUCUGACUGUGUGUUUGAUGGCUCCAUGUGGAUCCUGUCACACUUAUACUUUCCCUGCUGCCACUGCAAGACCCACCACCUCCUCUCUCACAAACUCAUAACUAGUUUCAGUGCCUCUCUGUCCCCUGCCCUUCAAAUCCAAUCCACCCCAGGGUCUGUUAACCAUAUCUCUGCCAGCUUUACAAUAUUCUCUUCCAGUACUGCUGGCCCCUGUCCAUGUUCUAGGUACAGCCUAAAGGUCGAGGUGGGAACCUCCUGGCUCCUUCCUUUCCUCUCACAAGGCCCUGGAGACCAGGCAUGGAGCAUCAGUGUCCCAUCCUGUCGAGCCAUGCAGUACAGUGACCUUGCUCACGUUCCCUCCCUGCUGUGGCCAGCGUCCUCCUCCUCAAAUAAACUGUCCAGAAAUCUUCAAGUGUUGUUUUGUUCAGAGUAAAGAAAAGUCCAGCCUGGUUUGACCUUCGAGACUGUAGUACCAGCUAGCCCCCAUCUGCCUUCCCAACCUUAUUUUCCACUCUUCGCCUUUCCUUCCCCUGCUCCAAGCUUUAGCUAAACUAGGUAAACACUUCUUGCAGCUUCUGCAGUUGAGAAUAUUCUGCUGCUCAGAAUAUUCCCAUAGAUGGAAUUCUUCCCUACUCCUGCAGGACCAGCUUGUGAAUCUCCACUUUCAGGAAGCCCUUCCUGACGCUCCACUUAAGACAUGGUUUCUCUCCUCCUUUGAUUCGUCUCUUAUGAGCCCAGUCUGGCCCCCCUGGCAUAAUUGCAGCUUAUUAAAUGCACACCUCUCCUACAGGGUUGCCAGGACCCUGCUUCGUCUUUUUGUCUUCUCUUUGGCACAAGGUUGCAGGCCAGAUCCACUGGUGCUUAAUAAAUAUUUAUUGGGUGAAUGAAUGAAUAGUAAGUGUUGGUAACACACUGGUUGCUAUAUAUGUGUCUUACUCUGGAUUUGUUUUUCUCUCCCCUGUGUCCCAACGGGAGUCCCUCUCAGCUUUCAAUCUGAUCACCCUUCUGGACCCAUUCCCUGCUCUUGCCUCUCUCUUACAGGUAGAACAAGCAAGAGGCUGGCCUGACCUUGAGUGACCUCUCUCCUCCCCUCUCUAAACGCAGGCACAGAAGAGGAACUGGAGGAGCUGUGUGAACAGGCCGUGUGAGAUAUUCAGUCCUGGCUCCAACCAAGAGUGCUCGCCGGAUGACUUGGGGCCCUCCCUGCCACAGAGUCCUGCUCCUCAGAAAAGAAAGGACUUCAGAAAACACCCCCACCCCCUUUUUUUUGCCAUAUUCCUGGAACCACUGGCAGAGGGUGGUGAUGGUGGGUGGCAGGUGUCCUCUCCUGCUCCCAGCUCCAGCCCUUGUCUGCAGAACUAUCUGUGUCCAGCCAGGCAACCAGCUACCACUGGUGUGGGUGGGCUCCUUUGCAGGCUGUGCUUUUCUGAGAGCAGGAAGCUAGGCACAGGUAGACAGGUGUGAUAAAGGUGGUGCUCCUUCCCCAGCCUGAGGACUUCUCCUUCAUCCCAGGCCUCAUGUUCAUACCAGCAAAUGGGUUCAGCUGAAUGAAUGAACCCUGCUUACCUCCUUCCUGAAGACAGUCUUGCACACCAGCUUUGGCUUCCCCUCAGUAAGGCUGCUGUAUCAAUGGCAAACCCGGUUCUUAUCAUUUUCCUUCUUUGCCAAAAGAUGAUGGGCUUUGCAGCCUCACCAGGCAUGGCCUGCCCUGGUGCACAAGAGGAGUUUUCCCUCCUUGUCCGUACUUGUCAGCUCCUCUGUAUUCAGUCCGAGGAGAGGCCAGGGUGUGCAGUCCCUGAGAACCUGGGGUGAAGCCUCUAAUCUUCAGGCUCCCUGGUCAUUCCAGCAGCCCCAGUCCCUCUGGGGGAGAGUGGUGGGGGUAGUGGGAAGGGACUCAUUCUUUCUUGGAGAUCACUUAGCUGAAAAUCCCAAAGGAAGUGGAAGAAGAGGAUUUCUGCUGGACUUUAUUUAGGAAGAGGGAGGAAGGGAUGAAGGUAGAAAAGGCUGAAUUACAGCUGAACAAAGAAUUUUUCUCUCGACAUUUCCUCUCGGAGCAGGGAUAGGGAGCAGGGGAGAACACAGGAGGAGCAGUUUGGGGCCCUUGGAUUAGAUGGCCCGGAGGCCCAGCUUCCCAGUAUAAGCCACGCAGGUCAGAUUCACACAGUGUGGAGCGGGGUCAGAGAAGGAAGUCUGGCCUGGGGCAGCUGGUCCCAAGUGGGCAAGAGCUGAGGGGCCUCCUCCGGGCAACGUUCGCCCUAGGGCAGCUGGACCAUUGCUGGCCCCCUCAGGCGUUAUCCCAUUUGGAAUGUGAAUGCAGGAACAGAGUGGGCGCAGCACCCCACCUGGGGAUCCUCUUCCCUCAGAGUCAGUGGGGAACUAGCACCUAGGCACCCACGUGGGUAUUUAUAUCUGAACAGGCAGAAAGACGCUUGAAUCAGGCACUAUGAUGAGAAAUGUAUUUAUUUGCUAAUAUAUUUAUCCAUAAACUUGAUCUGGUCUCAUGGUUUUCUUCUGUCAUGACUGUCGCUCAGGGUAACAACUUCGUCUUCUACAUGGGGAAAAAUACUCUUGACAUCAGAGGUUAGGCUCUGAUUUAUGAAAGGACAGAGUAGUGUGGUGGGCUUGGCAACGAGAACUGGCUGGUAAGCCCCUGAAAGCACUGUUUAGUGAGAUCAGGGAAAGAGAAAGUGUGACUGGAUUCUCCUUGUGGUUCACUGUGUCAUUUGUACUAUUACUGUAUGUUUACUUCACACUCUAUAAUGCUUCAAGGACUUUGAGACCCUGCAAAACACUGUUGCCUCACUUUUCCACCCAUGAAAUGGGCCCACUUCACAGAGUUGUUGGAGAGCUCCCCUGAGACAAACAGGGUGACGUGUGUUUCAAAGUAUAGAGUAUGCAGUGAUAAAGAACAUCCUAACCCCAGGCCCAGCACUCAUCUGAACACAACAUGGGACGGGGCCCAGGCGCAGACCGGCCUUGAAGAAGCUCCGUUUCAAUUCAGGAGGCCUGGUUGGGAAGAUACAACAGCAGGGCCUGAAACCAUCUAUAUCCCACAGUUCCAGUCUAGAUAAACACGUUCUCUGCCUACUCGUGGGACUACCGUGAAGCUCAAGGGAGCUGGUGCUACGUGGGUAUGGAGAAUUCCAUAGAGCCUGCAGGGGCUUAUCCUCUUCUCACAAAAAGCGUUUUCCCUUCCUGCUUCUUCGGCAAAGGUUUGGUAGAGGUGGGGGCUGUCUGGUGCCAGUUUUGAACCAGACAACGAAGCAUUUGUAAAUCUUCCUAUAGGGUGCAAAAUAAAAAGGACACGAUCUCCUACAGACCAUCUGAAGUAGAGGAACUGGAUCUAAACGCUAAAAGCUGCACAAAGCGUAAAUUAUCAGUUGGAAUGAGGAAAAUUACAUAAAGAGUUUUUAGAAAUAACAACGCUUUUUUUUUUUUUUUUCGGAAGUCGGCUCACAAACCUGCAUUCCUGUGGAAGCAAAGGGAAACCCGAUCACUCGCAGGGAGAGUCGAUUGUGGCUCAUUCCUUCGUUGCUCUUCGUUGCGAGAGGAUGGCCUUGGAGACGGUGCCGAAGGAUCUGCGGCAUCUGCGGGCGUGUCUGCUGUGUUCGCUGGUCAAGACUAUAGACCAGUUUGAAUAUGAUGGCUGUGACAAUUGUGAUGCAUACCUUCAGAUGAAGGGUAACCGAGAGAUGGUAUAUGACUGCACCAGCUCUUCUUUUGAUGGAAUCAUCGCGAUGAUGAGUCCAGAGGACAGCUGGGUCUCCAAGUGGCAGCGAGUCAGUAACUUUAAGCCAGGCGUGUAUGCAGUGUCCGUCACUGGUCGCCUGCCCCAAGGAAUUGUACGGGAGCUGAAGAGUCGAGGCGUGGCCUACAAGUCCAGAGACACGGCCAUAAAGACUUAGGAAGGCGCACGGCUGCCAGCGUCUUGGCUCCUCGUCUCUGCCGCUGCUUGUUUCUGUCGUGGAGCUAAAUGGGCAGAACUUCAGACACAUCCUGCCCUCUGAUACUAGAUUCAGCCGACUGUCACCAGAUCAGCCCAAUGUGUCCUUGGGCCAUUUUUACCCUCUUUGGACGACUGUGGGGGUGGGUAGAGACUGAAUUCAGUGGGGAGUAGGAUGCUAGUUUUCCUACCUUCAGCCCAGGGCUGCGCCCUUGCUCACAGGCAGGACUCUGGGUCAGAUGCCAAUAAACAUGAAGCCCUAGGAAUGUUCUUAAGCCCACACAGAAGCCUUCCCUCCCUCUUCCCCUUAGGUGGGCGCAGUAAGAACGCACUGCCCAGUCGGCAUCUUCCCAGAGCAGCAGAGCCCUCUGCUCUUCGUGAUCCGUCUCUGAGCCUCCAGGGUUGUAGCCUUUCAAACGUGCUUCCCUGGGUCUCAGAAGGUCUGCUGUCCUGAGUCUAGGCAACCGUUGCAGCCUGGCAGUCCUGGUGUCUGGUGGUUGCAUCCUUCUGCCCUCUAGACCUGGCACAGCAGGUAUCCCUUAAUCCUGAGGGCAGAUAAUACCUGUGUGAGUAUUACUGGCCCUUGACCAUGUUUAACACCUUUUUUCCCUUCUUUGUUCAGUUCUUCCUAUACUCUAGGCCCACCAGUGGCACCCUUGACCUCCCCCUGCCCACCUUCCCUAUGUUCCCCUAACUGGAGACCCUCAGGUUACUGUUGGGUCCUGCUUUGGUUAGUUCGGGCCUCCCCAGGAGGGGGCCUCUCCUUUUCUCUCUGGCCUAGUAGGGGUUCUUGAGUCAUGUCAUGUUACUGGCGAAGGUGAAUUAUUUGUUUUAGAAUUAAAUAUUUAUCAUACAUUCUCAUGUAUUUAAAUUUCUGUAAUAAAUCCUGUUAGUGUCCCCAUUGUUGUUAUUUAUUUGGCUUCUCCAGGUCUUAGUUGUGACAUGUGGAAUCUAGUUCCCUGACCAGGGUUUGAACCUAGGCCCGCUGCGUUGAGAGCAUGAAGUCGUAGCCACAGGUCCACCAGGGAAGUCCCAGAGUCCUCAUUUUUAUUUCCCUGCGUUUCUUGCUCCCCAUCUGUUCAGAACGAAAGUGAUUUCAUUUACUUCAGGAUUUUUGUGAUUAUGAAAAUAAAGUGAUGUGAAAAUUC